ACCACGGCCACCACCACCUCCUCUCCCACCACCACGGCCACCACCACCUCCUCUCCCACCACCACAGCCACCACCACCUCCUCUCCCACCACCACGGCCACCACCACCUCCUCUCCCACCACCACGGCCACCACCACCUCCUCUGGAACCACCACGGCCACCACCACCUCCUCUCCCACCACCACGGCCACCACCACCUCCUCUCCCACCACCACCUCCUCUCCCACCACCACGGCCACCACCACCUCCUCUCCCACCACCACCUCCUCUCCCACCACCACGGCCACCACCACCUCCUCUCCCACCACCACGGCCACCACCACCUCCUCUCCCACCACCACGGCCACCACCACCUCCUCUGGAACCACCACGGCCACCACCACCUCCUCUCCCACCACCACGGCCACCACCACCUCCUCUCCCACCACCACGGCCACCACCACCUCCUCUCCCACCACCACGGCCACCACCACCUCCUCUGGAACCACCACGGCCACCACCACCUCCUCUCCCACCACCACGGCCACCACCACCUCCUCUCCCACCACCACGGCCACCACCACCUCCUCUCCCACCACCACGGCCACCACCACCUCCUCUGGAACCACCACGGCCACCACCACCUCCUCUGGAACCACCACGGCCACCACCACCUCCUCUGGAACCACCACGGCCACCACCACCUCCUCUCCCACCACCACGGCCACCACCACCUCCUCUGGAACCACCACGGCCACCACCACCUCCUCUGGAACCACCACGGCCACCACCACCUCCUCUCCCACCACCACGGCCACCACCACCUCCUCUGGAACCACCACGGCCACCACCACCUCCUCUGCAACCACCACGGCCACCACCACCUCCUCUCCCACCACCACAGCCACCACCACCUCCUCUGGAACCACCACGGCCACCACCACCUCCUCUCCCACCACCACGGCCACCACCACCUCCUCUGGAACCACCACGGCCACCACCACCUCCUCUCCCACCACCACGGCCACCACCACCUCCUCUCCCACCACCACAGCCACCACCACCUCCUCUGCAACCACCACGGCCACCACCACCUCCUCUGCAACCACCACGGCCACCACCACCUCCUCUCCCACCACCACGGCCACCACCACCUCCUCUGGAACCACCACGGCCACCACCACCUCCUCUGGAACCACCACGGCCACCACCACCUCCUCUCCCACCACCACGGCCACCACCACCUCCUCUGGAACCACCACGGCCACCACCACCUCCUCUCCCACCACCACGGCCACCACCACCUCCUCUCCCACCACCACGGCCACCACCACCUCCUCUGGAACCACCACGGCCACCACCACCUCCUCUCUGACCACCAGCACCUCGUCAUCAUCCACCACGAGGGUCACCGCUACUUCCAUCGUUACGACCACCCCCAACGCCACCACCACCACCGUCCCCGUCGUUACCACCACCCCCAACGCUACCACCACCACCACCACCAGCCCCACCACCAGUGAGGGUCAGUGCCAGAACGGCGGCACCUGGGACGGCAUCAAGUGCGUGUGCGCUGGCGGGUACUACGGCGCCCUGUGCGAGAUCGCCGUCUGCCAGAACGGCGGCACCUGGGCCGGCGGCGGCUGCCAGUGCGCCGAGAGCUUCCAGGGCAGCGAGUGCCAGUUCGCCAAGGAGAACGUCGAGGUCAAGGACGUGAUGGUGAAUGCAACGGUCGAGAUGAAGACGAAGGUCGACAACAGGGUUUUCACAAAGGAUCUCAAAAAUAAGUCCUCUGCAGCUUUCCAGAACUUUGAGAAGGACUUCAAGGAGCAGAUGAGGGAGGUUUACAAGCACAUAGAGGGCUACCAGGAUGUGGUGAUCCACGAACUGAACGAGGGCAGCAUCGUGGUGAACUACACGGUCCUCCUGAAGGUGCUCGCCAGCACCACGGCCAACGAGACGGUGCAGAGCAUCUCCAAGAGCCUCGUCACCGCCAUCAACAGCUACACCAACUGCAACGAAACCUGUCAAGAAGGCAACUGUACCUUCUGCUUCAACUCUACCUACACCAGCGUCGACAACUUCAGGGUGGAAGAGGUUGAAACAAGUGUGUGCGACAGCCGCAUCCCGGAGGAUUUCAAGACCUACUUCUCCCCGCUCGUCACCCCCACCGGCGUCCUCUGCAUCACCAGAUGCGACAAACGCUCUGCCGACCCUUACCCCUGCGUCCACGGCACGUGCGUCGUGGCACGCUCGGGACCACAGUGCGAGUGCUCGGAGCCGUCGGCGUUCUGGUACCAAGACAGCGCCUGCAGCUCCCGCAUCAGCAAGGUGGGGGUGGCCGUGGGGGUACCGGUGGCUGGGUUGGUCGUGGCCGUCGCCGCCUUCACCGCCUUCCUGCUGCGGGCGAAGAGGCAGAAGGACGAGUACAGGGAUAAGCUGACCUCCCACUCGGAGCUGUAUUGCAGCACGGACGAGAGCUGGACCAGCCCGAAGGGCUUCACCGCCAGCAACCCGGCCGCGACCUGGGAAGACUUGGAGGGCCCCAGCACCAACUACAUCAAACUAGGGAACAUGGACACCUGA